UACUUAAAGCGGUCUGGACCCUCGCGCUCAGCCGCGGGGAGAACAUCGUGCAGCAGCCUGUGUAACUUGCGCAGACAGACAGCGGCCGGCUAACCGGCUACUAACCAGCGGCCAGCAGCAGAGAGAGCUCACCAAGCCUCGCUUUUAGACCAAGUCCUAUUAAAAUGUGUCUGGGGUGCCUAUUUAACAAGCACCGUGCAAACGCCGAAAGUUUCUCUGAGUGAAACGCGAAGUGUGCACGCUUGUCAUGUUGUAGCUAGUAACGUACACUGUGAAUGUUUGGAUUUGUUAGUCGCUGGUCGGUAACUGGCGGGCGUAGCGAGCUUUAAUACAUUAUAUUUAUAGUCAUAAUGCUCAGUAAUUGUCCGUGUCCGUUUGUUUUUACUGGUAAAUCGGGUGAGACGAUCAGUGGUUGCAACAUCGCUGCUCUUGUGUAUCCAAACACAUCUCUUCAGUCCACAUAUGAAGCAUCUCGUCUGUUUUUAAAGUUGCCUGUGUGUUGGGUCUGUUUGUCCCAUAUUUAUAGGGUCAGUGCCCUGUCCCAAUGGUUUCAUCUCACUCUUCUCCUAUGACACUCUUGUACCUCUGCCAAAGAGGUGCCUCUGUAAUGAGUCAGUGUCAGCUGAGAUGUUUGGUGCUUUAUGCAUUGCUGUUUGUCUUCAGCUCAUUGUGAUGAAAUUGGCCUCAUUCCGUGCCCCGAAGCCCGGUACAACAGAAGCCCCAUAGUCUUGGUGGAGAAUAAGCUGGGAGUGGAGAGCUGGUGUGUCAAGUUUCUGCUGCCCUAUGUGCAUAAUAAACUCCUGCUGUACAGGCAGAGAAAGCAGUGGCUCGAUCGGGAAGCACUGGUAGAUAUAACCUGCACAUUGCUUCUCCUAAACCCAGAUUUUACCACUGCGUGGAAUGUCAGGAAAGAGCUCAUGCAGUGUGGUGUGUUAAACCCAGAGAAGGACCUUUACCUGGGCAAACUUGCACUAUCUAAGCAUCCUAAAAGCCCAGAGACAUGGAUACACAGGCGCUGGGUGUUACAGUGGCUGCAGAAGGAGUGCUCUCCUUCUGGACAAGAACCGAAGGAUCAGGCUGAACCCAGAGGAGACGCUGUGAGGAGGAGACAGUGCGAGCGGCUGCAAAGAGCCUUGCAGGAGGAGAUGAGGGUCUGUGCAGACGCAGCCGGCCGUUACCCCAGCAACUACAAUGCAUGGUCCCAUCGCAUCUGGGUAUUGCAAAACAUGGCUAAAGGCAAUCUGAAGGUUCUGCACGAUGAGCUGUCCUCCACCCGACUGUGGGUGUCCAUGCACGUGUCAGAUCACAGCGGCUUCCACUACCGUCAACACCUGCUCAAGGCCCUGGCCAGAGAGCUGAACCAGGCUGGAGAGACGGAGCUCCACCCCACCCAGCAGCCUAAUGGAGAGAGCACAGCGGGCGCGUCUGAUGACAAUCACCAUAAUGACGUCAUCCCUCAGCUCUUCGAUGAGGAGAUGGAGCUCUGCACUGAUCUCAUAGAGUCAUAUCCGGGCCACGAGACUCUGUGGUGCCACAGGCGACAUGUCUUUUACCUGUGGCACCAGUGGCGGAGGGAGCACCUCCAGGGGGCAGGGUCACAAUCUCCACCUCUUACCCAUACUGACGUCCUCCUCAGCGAGGAGCCCUGUGAUGAAGCCAGUGCUUCCCAGGCCAUGGACAUUGACUGUGUUCUGGAUAGGAGCAAACAUGGAAGCUACACGCAGGACAUCAAGCGACUAAAGCGGGGACCCCUGCUUCCCCACCCCGGACUUCCCUCUGAGCACACGUUUGUCUCUAAAAUCCUCACAGGCUGCCGGAGCCCCGAGCAAAGCCGCUUUGCCAUUGCCUACAGGAAGUGGCUGGACUCAGUUAUAGGUCAGUAGUGUGAAAAACACUCCACCCAACAUGAUGUGGGAGAGCUGUGAUAGGUCAACUUAUUUCUGGCUCCAACCGCCCACACUGCUUCUCUGAAAACGGCUGGACUUCUUGGCCGGCUUGUCAGAGAUGCUCUGCCGGAGCAAAUUCCUGCUCAUGAUGAAAACCCAUGACCCGUUUCCGCAGUCUAAACCUGGUCUGUUUCAGCUGCUUUAGUUCAGGUACUGGAUAUCUCAGGUCUGUUUUCAGUGUACAAUCAUUUUCUCUAUCAGAAGCUACAAGUUUGUAUUUUUUUCAUAUAGUUUGGUUGGUUUUUAUGUUGUUUAAAGUCUUCCACCACAAAUCAAUAACAGUAUGCUCUCCUCAUGCUGUCUGCAGUUUUAUGAUUCCUGUCGGGAAUCUUAAAACACACACUGCGGUGCACACUUGAAGGGAACACUUAGAGCCCAAAGUGAUUCUGACCCAGUUUCCCUCUUUGUUUAAUUGAGGGCAGACUGGCUCUGAAUUCCACCUACUGCUCCUCUUUGAACUUUUGUACUGAAGCAUGAACGUUUUUUCAAUUAAUACCUAGAAGUUUUGCUACAAUCAGUAAUGUGAGCACAAUCAUUGAAUUUAAAGUUUCCUGGAGCUAUUUGAUAUGAAAUUAGGGCUGAAGACAGACAUUUUGAUGAGUUUUAAUAAUCUUAAAUAAACCAAUAACUGCACAUGUAAUUGACCGUUUCUAGGUGCUCUCCUCAUUCAGGUGAGUAUUUGAUUUAUAUGACAUAUCUGUUGCAGGGUCAGCAUUUCUUCAGUUUAUGCAGAUGAUUUUUGGGCAUUCGAGAGUAAAUGUUCCUAAAGCACAUCAUCAUCACUCAUUAGGAUAACAAAGGCCACGUUGUCACAUGGACUAGCCUCAGCAUUUAAGCACAAGUUUUGGGUUAUGGUUCAUCCAGGUGGUCUAACAGAUGCAUGGGUUUUCAUGAUGAAAGGGAAUUGCAGAAGUAGGAAUAGGCUUUUCUCAGCUUGGCCCAAGCGCGGCUGCAGAAAUAACAUGCUGCCACGUUCAAGCCCAUCUGGUGCAGAAUGGUGCUUAUUCUCUGCACCGGGGGAGUGUGGACCCCUGAGGGGGCCUGGGUUUACAAAUGCUGCUUUUUGUUUAACACUAUUUUGAACUUAAAGUAUAUUUAUGCAAAUAUGAAAAGUGAAUUGUUGUUAGCUUCACUUAUGUGAUUUAUUAAAGCUAAUAAGCUAUUAGACAGUUAUGGUUGACUCACUGUUACUCAGUACUUAUUCAACUUGUAAUAAACUUUGAAGUUUCACAGGCUCAAUCGUGCAUUGACAACUUAAUUCAUUCACAGCUUAGAGUAGGUUGUGAAAAUCUGAUUGGAUUUUAUUAGAUCUUGCUUUUAAAUCAAGGACUAAGCCCAUUCUACAUAAGCAAAAACUAUUCUAGCUAGGUGAAGUCAUUUUAACAUUCUAGCAAAGCUUAUAUGAAUCAUGUCUUUCAGCAUAUCUAUAAGACUUGCACAGUUCGAUCUUAAGUUUCACUUCAUAAAAGUCUACUACUGUUCUUUUCAUUAUUUUUUUUGCACAGUUGCACAAGAACUAGAUUUAUGAAAGUAGCUGAGUUAUGUAACUUCUAGACUGACUCUCAGACUUUAUAAAGGGCCAUGUCAGAGUGGUUUUCUCUGUUCCUGCAUGUCUUGGACCCUGACGUUUUUUUCUCUUUGAGCUGCAGCAGCAAAAUUACCAGAUGUCUGUCACAGAAUUCUGAAAGGUUCCCCUCAAGAAUAAAGCCAGCUUUUCCUCCACACCAUUCCUCUGUAUAACGCAAUGUUUAGUAACUGCACUGACAGUGUUUGAUCAUUUUUCACUCUUUAUAAGUACAGGUGUGUGCACAGGUGCUUGUUUUAGAUGAUAAUGCUAUAAGGUUUUACCCCCACCUCCACACCUGCUGUUAAAUAAACAACUGCUAAUAGAGUCCUGUAUGGAAAAAUAGUCUAAAACUGGAAUAGAUCUGCAACAAAUGCCUUUAUAUUUUGUCACUCUGAUUUGGUCAAUCUGAUCUGAAUAGUUAUCUAUUUUGCGUGUACAUUAUGUGUGUACUGUUGUAUUGGGAUCAAGAUCACAUUGUGAUUUGUAUUUGAUUACAUUUUAUUAUAAUUUUUUUUAUUUCAUGACCCAUACAUGUAGAGACUGAAAACAUUGCAUUUUGGCUACUUAAACAAUUAGCUCUUUGUAAUAAUGCUAUAGGUGGUAAAUGUAUUGCCUACUAACUUCAACCCUUAAUGGACAGUCUUAUCAGUUUUAUUGUUGAAAACUUACAAAUUACAAUAUUUUUGUCUUUAUAUCUGUUCAGCGCUUCCUAUUCACACUAUUAAUUUGCUAAGCAGUUCACAAAAAGUCCUACAUUACCAUAGAGGUUUUAAAUGUGUACAUUAAUGUGAAUUACACUGAGGAAGCACAUAGUAUUUCCAGUUAUGUCAUGUCAUUUUCCAUUGUUGUAAUGUCAUUUGCUGUGUGAAUACCAAAAAUUAAAGAGCAGUUACACUGUAAAGCGUAAACACAGAUUUUAAAUUACUAGUACAUCUAUGCAGAAGCAUGACUGAGUUCAUUUAGCUUUAGAAAGAACAAAUGUAGCCUAAGAUUUUGUAUUUUCUUUAUGUAUUGUCUGAUAAGGUACUGUAGGUUUUUACAGCCACAAUGACAAACAUUUAUAGCAUCUCAUCCGUUAUGUAUUUUAUAUUUAUUUGUAUUAAAAACUGUAUUGACCGUAGUUGUUUUGUCUGUUCCCUACCAUAUUAAAUAAAGCUACUCUGAAAAGGUC